UCGCUCGGAGCUACAAGAUGAUCGCGCGGCUUUUGGACCCGCAGUCAGAUAUUUGCGCUUGUGUGACUGACGUUGAGAAUAACGAUGUGCUGAAUUAUUUUCAUUUUCUUGCUUUCAAGCUACGAUACCCUGGAAUUACUUCGGGAAAUGAAACUAUUACCGCUCGUUAUUUGUCCAAAGAGGGAAGAGCUAAACGAAGCAUGGAUGAGGAGUAUGAUAACGACUACGAUUUUUGCUGGGGGGAUAAUUCCAAUAUUGACUAUCUGAGGACUCCUCGCCCAGAUUUCCGUAAACUGGACUUCGACCUCGGUGAUUUGGAGAUACUGGAGGAUGUAGCAAAAGUAAUGACUGACGGUGACGAAGGAACAGCCGCAGUUCUGCUGGACAGUGCGGACCACUGGGCCUGGUGGAGGGACAUGGUUAAGGGGCUGAACAUGGGCGAGGCUGGCUACUAUGAUAUCGCUGUUUUCAUGUUCUGUUCGCUCAAUUAAACGGAGCAAAUAUGUUGAACAUUUUGAACGCGAGCGUCACGUUUG